ACAUGUUCUCAUUCUCUCAACCAUUCUGAGAAAACAGACAAACAUUCAUUUCUCCCUCUCUGUUUUCUUUUUCUCUCUCUAGCUUCUGGUCCUCCAAGAUUCUGCACGAGAUAUCUAUAAUCUUCAACUCUGCGUUGGAAAUCCAACCGUUAGAUACCCAUCUGCUAAUCUUCUCCGUUCCUUUUUUUUUUUUUCCCCUUUUCUGAUUGAAAUUUCAUCAGCACUUCGUUUUAUUCUCUAGUUUUGUUUGUGCUGCUCUGUUUCUUCUUCUUCUCUAUCUUCCCGGUCAUGGCGGCCGGCACUGUUGUCUCUCAAAUCUUUCAAAGCAACGGCAAUAGCAGCACCGAAGAGAAUAACAUUCACGGCGAUACCAGCAAUAAUGAAGUGAGUAGGAAGGAGAUACAGGCCGCCAUUGCCAAAGCAGUGGAGCUUCGAGCUCUUCAUGCAGCUCUUAUACAAGGGACGAGCCCUGCAAAUCUAAGAUACCCAUCUUCUUCACCUGUUUCACGCCCUGUUUCUCAGUUAUCUGCGCAAGAUUAUCCUGUUUUCACUCCUAGUUACGAAGACGAAUCCUUACCGGGUUAUCAGCAAACCACAACAAGGAAUAGAACAUUAUCAGAAAGCUGGGAUGAAUAUGGAUUUGAAGGAGGAAGUGGGAAUGAAACUGCCUUAUCAGAUCACAAGAAGGAAAAUCCAGUUUCCAGGAAAAUAUUUUCUCCCGGUUUUGCUGCUCUGGAAUCCCACAAUUAUACCACUGAUGAUCAAAAAUCAGUCGCUGGCUCAUCUGCAAACCAAAUUACAGUCCUCCAAACAUCACCUGUCACAGAAUACUACAAGUCAAGAAGAAGAAAUGGUUUAGGAGACUUCAAACAGGCAUCAUAUAAGCCUGCAAUCGUAGCAUCCGAACCCGAGAAGGUUACGAGCAUCAACAAGAAUUCAAACAUUGUUAUGCCAUUGACGGACUCUCACUCGUCCCUCCAUCCACAGCCAAAGAACAAGGGAGUUAUGUCUUGGUUGUUUCCGCGGCUAAAGAAGAAGCACAAGAAUGAUCAGAAUUCGCCUACCCGGACAGAAUCUGAGGAGGUUUCCCACAAGGAAUUUGGAAUGAUGUCAAUUGAGACAUUGAGGAGGGAAUUGUUAGAAGCAAAUGAGAACAAAGAAGCAGCUUUAAUGGAAGUUGCAGAGAUGAAAAACUCAUUAGGGGAGCUAAAGCAGAAGCUUGAGUACUUAGAAAGAUACUGUGAAGAGCUGAAGAGGGCUUUAAGGCAAGCAAGCAAGGACUCCAAUGUUCAAGAAAAGCUAGGAACUUUUCCCAAGAAAGGGAAAUCCAUUGAUGGGAAUGGGGAAAACUUGAUGCCAGUUAGUGAGGAGGUAAUGGUGGAAGGUUUCUUGCAGAUUGUAUCAGAAGCAAGAUUGUCAGUGAAGCAAUUCUGCAAAACCCUUAUCGGACAGAUUGAAGAGACAGACAAAAGUCUAAUGGAUAACCUGAAUUUGAUCCUGCAGUCUCAUAAACUUUCAUUAAAUUUCAGGUACUCAAAAGCAGUGCUGUACCAUUUAGAAGCAAUCAUAAACCAGUCACUCUACCAAGACUUUGAGAAUCCAGUGUUUCAGAAAAAUGGCUCACCAAAGCUUCUUGAUCCUGAACAAGAUCGCCAAGCACAGUUUUCUUCAUUCGUUGCUCUGAGAAAUCUGAGCUGGAACGAAGUGUUGAGGAAGGGGACAAAGUAUUACAGUGAAGAAUUCAGUAAGUUCUGUGAUCAGAAAAUGAGUUUGAUAAUCACAACAUUGAACUGGACAAGGCCAUGGCCUGAGCUUCUGCUUCAGGCUUUUUUUGUGGCUGCAAAAUGUAUCUGGUUGCUUCAUUUGCUAGCAUUUUCUUUCAAUCCGCCUUUGGGGAUUUUGAGGGUAGAAGAGAAUAGAAGCUUUGAUCAAAAUUAUAUGGAGGAUAUGUUUGUUGAUCGGCAAAGAUCACACUGUCCGAACCGGGUAAAGAUCAUGGUGAUGCCAGGGUUUUAUGUUCAGGAUAGGGUUUUAAGGUGUAAGGUUCUCUGUAGGUACAAGUCUGUCGUUUGAUUUACCAAUUAAACUCCAAAAAAAAAUAUAUAUAU